AUGGAUCCUCUGGUGUAUAAUGCUGCCGUUUCUGGUGAUAUUGGUAUCCUUGUGCAAAACAAGGACAAACUUGUGAUUCAAGUCACUCCAACCAAAAAUAGUGUUCUCCAUCUUGCAUGCCAAUCAGGCAAAACAGAAUGUGUGCGGCAGAUUCUUUCGAUGCAUAAAUCUCUAUUACGUAAAAAGAAUUCAAAUAAGGAUUCUGCGUUUCACAUGGCAGCCAGAAAUGGAUACUACGACGUGGCCAUGGCCCUCAUGGAAUGUGCACUAGGCAUGGAAUGUGCAGUUGUUAAAUUUGUGAAGAAGAUGCUGCGAAGGAAGAAUCUGAAUAAGCUUGAACCCCCUGAGUUUUUACACGCUAAUAAUGUAGGGGAGACCCCGCUUUAUAUUGCUGCCGAGAUGGGAUUUGAAAAUUUGGUGGCAAUGAUUUUGAAAAAAUGCUCCUCACCACCUUAUAGUGGUUCAUAUGGGAGAACAGCUUUGCAUGGAGCAAUUAUCUCCAACAGCGAAGACAAUGACGGGAAUACAUGUCUUCAUAUAGCAGCUUACAGAGGACUUACUUAUGUAGCCGAUGUACUUAUAGUACAAUGCCCAGAUUGUUGGGAAAUGGACAAUAGUAGAGGAGAAAAUAUACUUCACAUUGCUGUGAAGCAUCAGCAAGCUUCCUUUGUUUCCCAUAUCCUACGAGAACAUAAAGCAAUUAGCAACAUUCUUAUUACUGAGAAAGACAUUGAUGGCAACACACCUCUCCAUCUGAUGGCUGAUUUCAAUUGCUUGGUACCUGAACUCAGUACUAUGGUGGAUAAGAAUGCUUUAGACAGUGAAAGCUUGACUCCCUUGGACAUAGUGAACGACGGUGAUUCAUCUCAAAUAGGUUUGGUCAAAGCCGAACCGCUAGGUGUUGAUGCUCAUUUGAGCUUGCCAAAUGCAAUAAGCAUCUUUAGGGACAAGAUCAGAAAGAAAAAAGAUCAGUCUACAGAGCAUGAAAAAGAAAAGUUGAGAAGAACAGCCGACGCCAUUAUGAUAGUGGCUACACUUAUAACAACUGUAACUUUCACGGCUGCAUUCACCAUGCCUGGUGGUUACUAUCUAAGUAGCGAUAAAAACCCAGGAACAGCAAUCCUAUCCAGAAAAACAAGUUUUCAAGUAUUUAUCAUCUCAGAUGCUCUAGCGCUACUAUGUUCUGUCAUGGCUAUAUUUGUGAACUUUUAUGGGAUGCUGUAUGGAAGUGAACGCACACUUCGUAGUUCAACCCGAGUUGCUGUUAUUUGCACCGCUGGUGCCAUUGUAGGGAUGCUGAUCGCGUUUGGUACGGGGACUUAUGUGGUAUUGGCUGAAUCACCCGCGCUUGCGAUUGCAACAUUAUUUUUUAGUUUCUUGGGUAUAGCAUACGUAUUUGAAAUGUUCCCACUUUUACAUUAUUGGGAAGACUUUGUUACAUUUUUUAGCCGUUUGUGGGUGAGCUUGGCCGGCUCUUUGACAGACGUGGGACCCCAGGUGCAUUCGUUGGAACAGAGGUGCAGCAAGUUGUUCUAG